AGACAAUAAAACCAGUAGCAUCUCACGUUCGAAAUACUUCUGGGCGUCUUUUCCCAGAGAAACUACAGGUGGUCAGAACUUUGGCAUAAGCGAUCCCAAAUUCAGCAAGUCACAUCGGCCGGGCUAUCGACACAUCACUAUCACUGCUGGUCACAUUUGUAGUGCAAAGGAGUUUGCCGCUCAAGAGACUUAAUCAACAUUAUGGAUCGCAGAUACUUAUUUCGGAGUCUCCUCUAUCUUUCCUCCUUUGCUAAUGCACUUCCUCAGUCCGGGGCUACUGCAAGUUCAACUAGUCCAGCUUUCCCAACAAUGUCUGCUCAAGAUGGCUUUGGCGUCCCUGAAGGUGGCGCUGGAUCCACAAGUACCAACGAGAACGUAAAUGGUGCUGCUGGAUCGGAUAGCGGUGCAUGGACUCUUGGAACCGGGGCUAUAGUGGGUAUAUCCGUUGGUAUUGCUGUGGUCGUCAUCGCUUUUGCCACAAUGUGGUGGCUAUGGUAUAUGGCAAAAAAACGACAAUGGAAGAUCCGCGAGUCGAUCAAGCGCGCAUCCAGGCGGAUGACAGGCCGCAAGGUUCCACCAAGAACACCCAGGGUGGGGCCAUCAGACCCGAGAUCGUAUCGCAGGACAACAAUGUACGUCAAGCCAUCGGCAGGACCAAAAAAAGCACAAGCCAAAGAAGUAGAUAUCGAGAAGGGUCUGAAGCCGACGCCAGGCUGGCUUGCAGAAGAGAAGGAACGAUCACGAUCAAGGUCACCUAACGACGUCGCGAAGGAGGACGUCAAGAACAGCGGUGGAAUCAUGGCGAAGUUUAUGUUUGGCAAUCGACGAUGACAAAAAGCAGAAAUCACCCAAUCGCUACUAAGAUGCUCGAAUUGAAGAUUUCUUCGCUUGCUUGCCAGUGCUGCGGCUUUAUUAUUUUUCGUACGAAAUGAUGCGAUCGAUUGUCGCGACGCUGAGCAGAGCGACAAGAGGUAGGCUCCUGCGGAGAACAGGAGCGCUACUGUGUUGUAAGUGUAUUUUUAAUGACCUGUUUGCGAUAGUGAAGCAUUCUUUCUGCAACUAG